GGUGAGACCGGAAGUUUGGGGGGAUGAUGUCACUCCACAGAGCUGUGUAAAGAUGGCGCUCCGGCCCGGAUCAGGGGGAGGCGGCAGUUUUAUGUACCCUGUUGGAGGGGGACUUGGACCACCACAAGGGAUGAUGCCCAUGCAGCAGCAGCAGCAAGGCUUCCCCAUGGUCCCGGUCAUGCAGCCCAACAUGCAGGGCAUGAUGGGAAUGAAUUUCGGAGCCCAGAUGCCUCCUGGUGCCAUGCCCAUGCAGGGUGGGAUGGCCAUGGGGAUGCAGGCGCCGGGCAUGCAGUUCAUGGGUCAGCCACAGUUUAUGGGCAUGAGAGCCCCGGGACCACAGUACCCAGCUGACCUGCAGAAACAGAUGGCAGAGGAGCACCAAAAGCGGUUGGAGCAGCAGCAGCGCAUGCUGGAAGAGGACAGAAAAAGGAGGCAGUUUGAGGAACAGAAACAGAAACUUCGUCUUCUGAGCAGCGUCAAACCCAAAACUGGAGAGAAGAGUCGAGAUGACGCAUUAGAAGCCAUCAAAGGGAACUUGGACGGGUUCAGCAGAGAUGCCAAGAUGCAUCCCACUCCUUCUUCACAAUCUAAGAAACCAGACUCAUCGCCAUCUCACUCCUCUGUCCCCCCUCAGUCACUCCCCCCUGCUUUUGCAGAGGAUGAUGAUGAUGAUGAGUUUAGUGACUUUAUGCAGGGGCCUGUUAGUGGCUCCUCCCUCUCUUUUCCCCCUUCCUCCCUUGCUCCAUCAUCCUCUUCCUCGGUUGUCAGUAGUUCGCCCCUAAAAGCAGGCUCCGCCUCUUCUGGCCCUGUUCCUCACCCCCUCACCUCUUCUCUGCCCCCCUCCACUGCCCCCCCACACUCAUCUGUCAUCUCCAGCUCCCAAUCUGCAUUCCAAGGCCCGUCUCUGGAGGAGAAGCUCUUUUCAUCGUGUGAUUUAUCGGCCGACAAGAGGGCCCUGGUUAACUUUAGGCCUCGGCAGGCCCUUGCUGAGGUUGCACCCAGAGCCCAGGUCUCAAUUCAGUUCCACAGCAGUUCCAAAGCCCGUAACUGGGGCAGCUCCUCGGAUGACCUCAGUGCUGCAUUCACAGUAGAGAGAACCCCUGAACCCACACCUGCUUCCAGACCACCAGUAGCAGAAACCCCUCCUAAGCAGGUGUCUGAUGCCAGUGCAGGUGUUGAUGUCUACCCCCAGCAGGGGAUCCAGCCCAUGGUGCCAGCCUGGCUCUACAACGACUCUCUCAUUCCAGACAUGUUCAAGAAGGUCCUUGAUUUCACCAUGACUCCAGCAGGCAUCGACACAGCCAAACUCUACCCCAUCCUGAUGUCUUCAGGUCUGCCCAGGGAGGCUCUGGGUCAGAUUUGGGCCUCAGCCAAUCGCACCACGCCGGGCAAGCUGACCAAAGAGGAGCUGUACACUGUACUGGCCUUGAUUGGAGUGGCACAGAGCGGGCUUCCAGUGAUGAGUCUGGAUAUCCUGAGUCAGUUCCCCUCCCCUCCGGUGCCCAACCUGCCUGCGAUGGCUAUGACCAUGCCCCCAGUGUUGGCCCACCAGCAGCCCAUGAUGGCACCUGCUGCACCUGCCGUCAUGCCUAUGCCUCCAAACCCUCCAGCACAACCUCCCAACAGUUUCGUCACCAACUUCCCUCCGAUCCAGGGGGCGAAGACAGACGAUGACGAUUUUCAGGAUUUUCAAGAGGCUCCAAAAGCAGGGGGUGGAGAUGAUUCGUUUACAGAUUUCCAAGGAGAGACAGUGGGAACCUUUCCUGUUGGGUCCUCCUCACAGAGCAGUAUUCCUGCUAUGCUGACUCCAGUGUCCGGCUCAUCCUCCUCCUCAUCCUCUGAUAAGUAUGCAGUGUUCAAACAUCUGUCAGUGGACCAGCCAUCAGAACCCACGCCUGCUGUCUCAGAUUUUGGAGAUAAAUACAGUGUGUUCAGAGAACUCGAGCCGCCUUCAGAGAGAAAGCCAGUUGGCGAAGGAUUUGCCGAUUUCAAGUCUGUCAGCUCCGACGACGGCUUCACAGACUUUAAAACGGCCAACAGCAUCUCUCCACUAGACCCACCAGACCAGGCCAAGAUGUUCCAGCCCUCUUUCCCACCUCCUUUCAGCCCCUCUCUUUCACAGUGUCAGCCCCAACCUGCAGCCUCUCUGGCUCAGCCCAAAAACCCUUUAAACAUGGCUGACCUGGACCUCUUUUCUUCAGUGACUCCUCCUACUUCUGCUCCUGCUCCUACUUCAGCUCCUCUUUCUUCUGCUGCUGAUUCUAAACCCAGUUCCUUCUCCACAUCAUCAUCUUCAUCUUCUUCUGCUGCACUCCCCUCCCUGGUGCUGCCUCCAGCAGGUCCCAAGCCUGUCGGCAGCAUAGUGGGGGGUGGUGAUGACUUUGGUGACUUCGCACUAUUUGGUUCCUCCUCCUCUUCAUCUGACGUCGCCUCCUCAGGUCAGAGAGGUGCUGGAGGAGCCGUCCAGGAUGACUUUGCAGAUUUCAUGGCGUUUGGGAGGUCUGGAGAGCAGCGCAGCGAGGCUUCCUCCCAGCAGCAGCGACAGGCGCCGUCCACCGACAAGUACGACGUCUUCAAACAGCUGUCGCUGGAGGGCGGCCUGGCUUAUGACGAUGGAAAGGAAAGCGGCUGUGGUGGAUCGUUUUCAUCACUCAAGAGCAGCGACGCCGACGACUUCGCCGACUUCCAAUCGUCCAAGUUUUGCACAGCGCUGGGCGCCUCUGAGAAGAGUCUCUCGGACAAGGUGGCCGCCUUCAAGCAGGCCAAAGAGGACUCCGCCUCGGUCAAGUCUCUGGACUUGCCGUCCAUUGGGGGCAGCAGUGCUGGGGGUAAGGACGACUCAGAAGAUGCUCUCUCUGUGCAGCUGGACAUGAAGCUAUCCGACGUUGGCGGAGACCUCAAACAUGGCACAUCCGACAGCUCACUGGACCUGCCUGGCCUUACGGCCCACCAGCCCCCCGCCGCAGAUGCAGAUGAGCUGAAGUUUGACCCGUUUGGCGGCUCGGGCACCAGCAGUCUGGUGGGAUACGACUGGUCAGAGAAAGAUGAGCAGGUCAGAAAGCCUCAGGCAGAGGCUCCGGGGGUUCCGCCCUCCUCAGCCGUUCUCCACAGGAAAGAAACCUCCUUCGGAAGCUCUGAGAACAUCACACACACCACCGUGGCUAAAGUCACCACCUUCCCCAUCGAGGAUGCAGGCUCCGCCCUGGGCGGCGGCUUCGCCACCUUCGCCGACUUCAGCUCCGCAGAACAGAGAGCUGGAGGUGAAGAAGAUGAUGAUGAUGAUUUUGGAGACUUUGCCAGCACCGUCUCGGAGAAGUCGGACUCUCCGCCCGGUCAGGCUGAAGCAGGCCUGGAGGGAUCAGAUGAAUUCGGAGCCUUCCAGGGGGACAAGCCCAAAUUCGGCAAGUCAGAUUUUCUUAAGGCCAGCGCUCAACCUAAAGUCAAAUCCAGCGAGGAGAUGAUCAAGAACGAGCUCGCCACCUUUGAUUUGUCUGUACAAGGUUCCCAUAAGCGAAGCCACAGUCUAGGGGAGAAGGAGAUUGUGCGCUCCACACCGUCUCCUGCCCCCGAGCAGUUGUUCCGUGACCGUUCCAACACCCUGAGUGAGAAGCCAGCCCUGCCAGUCAUCCGCGACAAGUACAAGGACCUCACUGGAGAGGUGGAGGAAAGUGAGCGUUACGCGUAUGAAUGGCAGAGGUGUUUGGAGAGCGCUCUUCAGGUGAUCACCACAGCCAACAACACCCUUAAUGGCAUCAGCAGUUCCACUGUGUGUACUGAGGUCAUCCAGUCAGCUCAGGGCAUGGAGUACCUGCUAGGUGUGGUGGAGGUGUACCGAGUAGCCAGGCGAGUGGAGCUGGGGAUCAAGGCCACGGCCGUUUGCUCAGAGAAGCUGCAGGAGCUGCUGAAGGACAUCAGCCGUGUGUGGAACAACCUGAUGGGCUUCAUGUCUCUGGCCAACCUGUCGCCUGAUGAAAGCUCCCUGGACUUCUCCUCCUGUAUCCUGAGGCACGGCAUUAAGAAUGCGAAGGAGCUGGCCUGUGGAGUGUGUCUGCUGAAUGUGGACUCACGCAGCAAGAAGAAAGAAGAUGGCACUUUGGGACGUCUGUUUAAAAGAGCACUGACAAAAAACUCUGGCAUGAAGUUAAUGGCUUUCAACUCCGAGACCGAUAACUUCAAGCUGACGUACGGCGGUCACCAGUACCACGCCAGCUGCGCCAAUUUCUGGAUUAAUUGUGUGGAGCCCAAGCCCCCAGGCCUCAUCCUACCUGAUCUGCUGUGAGCUCCAUCUUUCUCCAAUGGCUGCUGCUGCUGCUGAAACUGCUGGAAGGACUUGGACUUGGGUUUUCUCUCAUGUUUAUUUAUUGCCGUCUUUUCCCCUCCUUGCAGCCAACCAGUGGCUGGUUCUCUGGAGUCUUGAAAUUGGCCUGUGAAGCUCUCAACGUUUGUGAAGAUUGAAAAGAUAGAAAAACUACUGGUGUAAUUUAUUGAAAUAUGGGUGUAUUGAGUAAAAUGUCCUUUACCGUCUUUUCUCUCUGUGUUUGACCUUGAGAGGGAGAGAAGGAAAAGACUGGAAUGAACUGGCAUUUACGUCUGUGUGAAGUCUCGUGUGUAGAAGACGGUUCGGUAGGUCUAACAACAAUCCAUACAAUAGAAGAGAAAGAUAUCAUCGCUGUCAGUCAAAAACCUUUUACUUCCAAUUUUGGGGCUAUAAUGUUUUUGCAUGAUGGCAGCUAUAUCUGUCAGAUAUUAAUACUUCUACCUCUAAUAGGUAAUGUACAAUUUGGAUUAACUUGCACAAACAUAUGAAACUAACAUGGCAUACACUCUUACAUUUGUAUUAAAACACUUGUUUUAUAGUCAUGCAGUCAUGUGACUAUUAAAUGACGAUGUAUACAGUAGGUGAAGGAUAAUUUUAGAUAUGUUAUGUACAGGUUCAAUGCAGUGUUCUCUUCUUCUAUCUCUUUUCUUUGUUUUAGCAGGGCUGUACUAUCCAUCAUUCUGCUGGAACUCGAUCUACAAUCUCAUGAAUUCAUGAGUUCUGAAAUGGUUGGGUUCUGAAUUGGCUGGGUUUUAAAUGGUUGGGUUCUGAAUUGGUUGGGGUUUGAAACGGUGGGUCUUUGGCUGCCUGUAAUUAAAUAAUAUUUUCUGUGUGAGUCUGUCUGAGUGUUGAUGAAGUGUCUCCUUCUGGGGAAACUUUUUUAAAAAGGUCAUAUUUUCCCUGUUGAUUUGUGUAACAGCGCUACUGAAUGUCUUUUCUUUAUUGUGAAGUGUUGAUCAGCAUUGACUGUGUACUUGAAAUGCCCCGGAGGAUCGCUUAAAAUCCAAUCGUUCUUUCUUCUGCUUGAAAGUCUCAAUUUUGGUCUCAAUCUUAAUCAGCUUGUCAUGAUCAAUUCAUUUACAGAGGCACUAUAAGUGUUGAUAUAAACAUUGAUGUUCUGCAUCCAUUAAAAUGCUGUGUGUCCGA